UGAGUUGGGGGGUUUUAACUUCAAGGCACCUUAGGCUUUCUUUAUUUGCAUCACAUUAGUGGAAAAUUCCUUCAUUCAUUUAAGAAGAUAAACAGUUGUAACAUUCACGUUUGGUUGAUGUGACAUCAAUGACUGGCUGGGACUGCCAGCAUUCCAAAAGGGAUAUCAUCCUAAUCUGCAGCCACUCAGGGCCAUGGGGCGGAGCCUGCAGUCCAAGCCAAAACACUUACAGGUGCAUAAGUAAGUAGGGAAGGGCACAGGUGAUGCACCUGUCUCAGGAAAGCACUAGCACGGGUGUGUCAUAACUUAUCAGCUGCCUGUGUUAGAGCAUGAGCUCCUUUGAUCCACAAACACACUCUCCACCACGCUGCAGCCCGCAGUUUCCAAAUCUUGGUCAAGAACCUCCAGAAAUGAAUAUCUACUAUGAGAACUUCUUCCAUCCGCAGAAUAUUCCUAGUCCACAGCGACCGAGCACCUUCGAGACAACGGACUACAACAGCACACCCAAUCCUUACCUCUGGCUAAAUGGACCUUCCAUUACUCCACCACCAUAUCUCCCAGGAUCCAAUGCCAGUCCCUUCAUUCCUCAAUCUUAUGGGAUGCAAAGGCAACUAUUGCCUAACAUGCACGGCUUGGGAGGAACUGAUCUUGGCUGGCUUCCUCUUCCAUCCCAAGAAGAGCUUAUGAAGUUGGUUAGACCACCUUACUCCUACUCUGCACUUAUUGCCAUGGCUAUCCAUGGAGCACCAGAAAAGAGGUUGACUCUCAGUCAGAUCUACCAGUAUGUGGCUGACAACUUCCCAUUUUACAACAAAAGCAAAGCUGGCUGGCAGAACUCAAUUCGGCACAACCUGUCUCUCAACGAUUGUUUCAAGAAGGUGCCUAGAGAUGAAGAUGAUCCAGGAAAAGGGAAUUACUGGACUCUGGACCCAAACUGUGAAAAGAUGUUUGACAAUGGCAACUUUCGCAGGAAGAGGAAAAGGAAGUCUGACAUUGGGGCUAGUUCUGCCCAUCUUACACCUGAGAAAUCCGAGGACAGCGCCUUGACUGGCAGCCCCAAAGCCAUAGAGCACCAGGAUCUUUUGGAAAACUCGUCAUCUGGGACUGACAAUCCACCUGAUAAAGGAUCUCCACCACCAUCUUCCAGUAGUCCAUGCCUUAGUAAUUUCAUUUCCAGUAUGACUGCAUAUGUUAAUGGCUCUAAUUCAGUGGGCCGCUCAGUGCCAUUGGGACUUAAUGCUGAACCCAUUGACAAAAUGGGACAGAAUAUGGUAGGCUUAAAUUCCUACUCUCCACUCUCUAAUGUCCCCAGUCAUGGUGUGGGAGAGUGGUCCAAUUCUAUGCCGCCUGCUCACCUUGGCUAUAGCAACUCAGUGCUCAACCAGUUUAACACCCAUUUUUACAGUAGUAUCAGUACAAAUAACACUCUGUUUUCCAGGGAGGGGACAGAGGUUUAAAUAAGAGAUCCUAAGACAUCAAAAUAUAGCUAUUUAUGAGAGAGAGUGACCUGUGGGUGGGUAAUUAGUGUUAGUCUGUUGUCUCUGGGACCUACAUCGCAUCCUACCUUCAGACAGCCCCAAACAUUUUAGCCAUUAUCCUUACUCAAGUCACAAGCACUCCGUACUUGACAGCUCCAUAUAAAAAUAAGAGACUGUAACAGCAAGAAUAGCAAAGAGGUCUGCUGGAGACUGUGUUUGUACUGCUGCCAUCCAUGGUCCCCUAUGGAUGUCCUUGAGAGGGGUUACUGUUUACUUAGGGAUGAAACCUUCUGGCAUGGUACUAAUUUUGCUGUGAGCUUUUAAAGCACUAAUAUACGUUUGGCUAUGUCUGUAAAUUACCUCUCUUGCUGAUACAGGCUGUCUGGACUAGAAAUGCUUGGUAAGUUCUUAUUUGGACAAAGCUAUUCUGAGACAGUGAAGGAUCUAUAGCAAAAAACUACUACAUAGUGAGUAACCAGCAGGGGAAGAGUGAAUGCCCUUUUAAAAUUUCUCUAAUGCUAGAGCAUACAUUGCCUCAAUUCUGAUGCUGCUUCACCUCCAAGGGGAACAUGGUUGUGAAGCAGAAUAGCAUAAUCACAGGCAGAACAUUCAUUUUGAAACUGAAAGAAAGCAUAACAAAAUAUAAUGGAGUUGUCUUCUGCUGGUGCAAUCUGAUCUUUGUGUUUUAAAUUCCAAGUACAGGGUCAAAUUCUGUGGAAAACAUCUCUGUACUAUGUAUUUUCUUUCUUUUUGUAACAAAGUCCAUGCAAUUGUUUUGUCACUGUGUAAAUAUUAGGAAUAAUUCUUAUUUUUUUAUAUUCUACCAUAACCACAAACAAGAUUUCAAAUAAAUGAAGUUUUUUUCAAACCCAUAA